AUGGACAUUGUCGGGUUUCUAUCGCACUCCAAGGGCAACCGAUAUCUAUUUACGAUCAUUGAUCAUUCAAUGCAGUUGCCAGAGGCUAUGCAUAUUAUAGACGUUCAAAUGGAGACUGUGACCAAGGCCUUCAUUUUACUUUGGGUCUCCAGAUUUGGCACUCCAACAACCAUCACUAUUGACAACUAG